AUGCAGGGCGUGCUGCGGCUUGCGCCGACGGGCAGGUGCCGGGCGCUGCUGGGUCAGGCCGGGCAGGCUCUGCUCCACCCAACACGGGCGUCUCUGUCAUCUCCCCGGUGCUUCCGCAGCGCUCGCCGUGCCUCGCAUUUCUGCCUCUCUCUUUUGUCUCUUCACCCGCCCUCGUUUGUCCCUUUGGCUCCCGCUGCCACCACCCGCACCACCCGCACCCCAACGCCCACCGCCGCAACCCGGCCGCCCGCGACGCGUCAGCCGCCUGACACGCCCACCGCCCUUCGCUCGACUGUCUUUGCUCGCCGCCUCUGUUCGCCGCCUUCGUUCCACGCCGCCGUAGUUGCACGCCCGCCCUCUGUCCGCCCCUGCCCGCCCCUGCCCGCCGCCGUCAUGAUGCGCCAGGCGUGGAUCUUCGCGGCGCUGUUCGCCCUCUUCGCCAUGGGCUCGGCCUUCAACCUCGACGCCCUGCACAUGGACGGCAUCAACGAGUACCUGCACUACAACGAGAAGCGCCAAGCCUCGGGCACCGGCAACACCCCGACCUCGACGCCAGCAGCAUCCACCUCAGCAAGGCCCACCUCGUCGGCCGCGCCGCCGCCAUCAAGCGCCGCACCCCCGACCAGCUCUGCAGCGCCGCCGCCCACCUCCAACACACCCGACCCCACGUCUGAGGCCCCCGCCGAGUCCUCGCAGGCGCCUGCCCCCAGCAGCAACAACAACGACAACACCCCCGACCCGACUCCCACCCCGUCCGCCUCCGCUGUGACGAGCGAGCCCACGGCCGCCGGAUCUGCAUCGCGCACGCCAGCCGCCUCGUCCUCCACCCCCCGGACCACCGCCAUCGUCCGCACCACGCCCCUGGUCUCCACCUCCGUUCAGCUCUUCACCACUGUCAUCAGCACCGUCGUCAACGGCCAGGCUUCUGAGAUCACCUCGACCGGCUCCAGCACCCUCGUCUCCACCACUGGCCAGGCAACCGAGACCAUUCCUCCCGAGGCCCAGAGCGCCAACAACGGCGACAGCGGCGGCCUGACCGACAACAACAAGAAGGUCAUCGGCGGUGUUGUCGGUGGCGUCGGUGGCGCUCUGCUGCUUGGCGGCAUUGCUCUCGUCUUCUGGCGCAUGAAGAAGCGCCAGAGCCGUGUCACCGAGGACGACGACGACCUCAUGGCCGGCACCGGCGCUGCUCUUGGAGACAAGACCGCCAACACCGGCUCCACGCCCUUCCAGUCGAACCUGGAGCAGUACCACAACCCCGGUGGUCGUCCCAACGCAGCUGCCAACUUUUAG